AUGGCUGAUUCUUCUUCCUUUGAGGGUGAUCACUACACAAGCCACCACACACGACACUAUCCAACACCAGUGAGUUAUCGUAGUGUGUCUGGUUCAGGCUCUUUCAUACCAUCCAGCUCUCAAAGCAAUGCCACUUCCAGAUCCAGAAGAGCUAGCCGCAACAAAGUUCUUACCACACCCUUUGCUUCAGAUGAUGACAAUUCAUGGCAAGAAGAGGUUUCAUGGAAGUUCGACGCCACUGGGUUGCAUGAGUAUAGCACAAACUUUGGUUCUAUUCUGAGUCCAUGGCCAACUAGCUCCCCUUAUGAUCGCAGUCGUGUGUUUCGCCAAUCAGCCAAUGACUAUUACCUUUCUCAAACAAGUAGGUUUAGAGGCCCCACGAACCCUUCUUAUGAACAUUCUAGCUAUGGUAGAGUUGAACUUCGGAGUUAUGUUGCUAGGGACAAUGUGAAUGAUCGUAGUUACUUUGAUCAGCAUAGCCAGCCUCAUGGGUUAUCAAAACUGGGUAUCACUCAAGAGAGGAGUGGUAGAGAAGAUAAGAGUAGUCCUUUGGCUGAGGAAGAUGAGCUUGGAAUGAUAGAUUAUAGCAUAACAGAUGAACCUAUUAUUUCACCUUAUAGGAAUGAUCAUGAUCUUGAAUUACCAUAUGUUAAACAUGCUCAUGGUGGGAAUUAUUUUGUUGGUGAUCAUGGAUCACCAUCAUAUGGUAGCAAAUCUGGUAGCCAACUUUAUGGAGGUGGUGGUGGUUAUAGUCACCAUGACAUUGAAAAGUUUUCAGGAUAUGAUGAAGAAGGUGAGGAGGAUAUGGAAGAGGAAGAUGCAAGGCCUCCAAAGACAGUUGGGUUGUUGAGCUUGUUUAGGUACUCAACUAAGUGGGAUUUGGUGCUUGUGUUUGUGGGCUGUUUAGGUGCUCUCAUAAAUGGAGGAUCACUUCCUUGGUAUUCUUAUCUUUUCGGAGAAUUGAUAAAUAAGAUUGCAGGAGCUGACAAGGACGAAGUCCCGAUGAAGGAUGUAGAGAAGAUAUGCAUAUAUAUGGCCGGGCUUGCUGCUGUUGUGAUUGUUGGAGCAUAUUUACAGAUCGCAUGUUGGAGGUUAGUUGGGGAGCGAUCUGCUCAAAGGAUCAGAACUGAAUAUCUUAGAGCAGUUCUUCGACAGGACAUAAGUUUUUUUGAUACAGAGAUCAACACUGGUGAUAUUAUGCACGGAAUUGCUAGUGAUGUUGCACAAAUUCAAGAAGUUUUGGGAGAGAAGAUGGCCCACUUCGUUCAUCAUAUAUUUACAUUCAUAUUUGGGUACGUAGUUGGGUUUAGAAGAUCAUGGAAAGUCUCUCUAGCAGUAUUCUCAGUCACUCCGUUGACAAUGUUUUGUGGUAUGGCUUACAAAGCACUUUAUGGUGGUCUAGCAGCAAAAGAGGAAGCUUCUUAUAGGAAAGCUGGUAGCAUUGCGGAGCAGGCCAUUAGUUCAAUUAGGACAGUGUUUUCAUUUGUGGCAGAAAGCCAAUUGGCUGAAAAAUAUUCUGAAUUAUUGCAAAAAUCAGUACCAAUAGGAGCAAAACUUGGUUUUGCUAAGGGUAUAGGCAUGGGUGUGAUCUAUUUAGUAACAUAUUCAACAUGGGCAUUGGCUUUCUGGUAUGGCUCUCUCUUAAUUGCUAGGAAUGAACUUGAAGGAGGUUCAGCUAUUGCUUGUUUCUUUGGUGUCAAUGUUGGGGGAAGAGGCUUGGCACUGGCACUUUCAUAUUUUGCACAAUUUGCACAAGGGACUGUUGCAGCAAGUCGUGUAUUCUUUAUUAUAGAGAGAAUCCCUGAGAUUGAUCCCUAUAACCCAGAGGGUAGGAGGCUUUCUUCUGUUCGUGGAAGGAUUGAGUUGAAAAGUGUUAGUUUUGCAUACCCUUCUCGGCCUGAUUCUUUGAUACUUCAUUCCCUUAAUUUGGUAAUACAAUCUUCAAAGACUGUGGCAUUGGUUGGUGCAAGUGGAGGGGGCAAGUCCACUGUCUUUGCUCUCAUAGAGAGGUUUUAUGACCCUAUUGAAGGCAUUAUUACCUUGGAUGGUCAUGAUUUGAGGACAUUGCAAGUAAAAUGGCUACGUGAUCAGAUUGGGAUGGUUGGUCAGGAGCCAGUUCUCUUUGCCACAAGUAUACUAGAAAACGUGAUGAUGGGAAAAGAUAAUGCCACCGAGAAAGAGGCAAUUGCUGCUUGCAUUGCUGCUGAUGCUCACAACUUCAUCUCUAGCCUACCACUAAGCUAUGACACACAGGUUGGAGACAGGGGUACAAAACUAUCAGGAGGUCAAAAGCAGAGAAUUGCAUUGGCACGAGCAAUGAUCAAAGAUCCAAAAAUCCUUCUUUUAGAUGAACCUACUAGUGCUCUUGAUGCUGAAUCAGAGUCAGCAGUGCAACGGGCCAUUGACAAGAUUUCUGCAGGCCGAACAACCAUUGUAAUUGCUCACAGGAUAGCAACAGUUAAGAAUGCUCAUUCCAUUGUGGUUCUUGAACAUGGUUCUGUCACAGAGAUUGGUGACCAUCGCCAGCUUAUGAGCAAAGCUGGAGCUUAUUUCAACCUUGUCAAGCUUGCUACUGAAGCCAUUUCAAAACCUCUCUCUAAAGAAAAUGGCAUGAAAAAAGGCAAUGAUUUAUCCAUCUAUGAUAAAUCUAUUAAUGCAUUAUCAGGAUCAAGAUAUGUAGGUGAUAUCACAAUGCCUAAAAACUUAAAAUCUACACAGAAGGAGGAGAAACAAGAAGACUUGGUUGAUAAUGAAAACAAAAAGUCAAGAAAAUACAGACUUUCUGAGGUGUGGAAAUUGCAAAAGCCGGAGAUAGUGAUUCUAUUUUCAGGAUUUCUUAUGGGAAUGUUUGCAGGUGCUUUUCUGUCCCUUUUCCCAUUGGUUUUAGGCAUAUCUCUUGGAGUAUACUUUGACAAUGACACUCAUAAGAUGAAAAGAGAUGUUGGGCACCUUUGUCUAGCACUUGUUGGCCUUGGAUUUGGUUGUAUACUUUCCAUGACAGGACAACAAGGUUUGUGUGGCUGGGCUGGAACAAAGUUAACACAAAGGGUUAGAAACCUCUUGUUUCAAUCCAUACUGAAACAAGAACCUGGGUGGUUUGAUUUUGAAGAAAACUCCACUGGAGUGUUGGUGUCAAGGCUCUCAUUAGACUGUGUUAGCUUUCGAUCAGUGCUUGGUGACAGAUUCUCAGUCCUUCUUAUGGGAUUGAGUUCAGCUGCUGUUGGCCUUGGUGUGUCCUUUGUUUUUAACUGGAGACUAACCCUUGUGGCAGCUGCUGUAACUCCCUUGACUCUUGGUGCAAGCUACAUAAGCUUGAUCAUAAAUGUUGGACCACGAGUUGAUAACAACUCUUAUGCAAGAGCUAGCAAUAUUGCUUCUGGUGCAGUGUCAAACAUAAGGACAGUUACUACAUUUUCUGCUCAGGAACAAAUAGUUAAGUCCUUUGAUAGAGCCCUGUCAGAACCUAGGAGACAAUCAUUCAAAAGUUCACAAAUUCAAGGUCUUACAUUUGGGUUCUUUCAAGGUGCCAUGUAUGGAGCAUACACCUGUACUCUUUGGUAUGGUUCCUACCUUGUAGAACAUGACCACGCAAAGUUUGGAGACAUUUCCAAGAUUUUUCUCAUUCUUGUUUUGAGCUCAUUUUCUGUGGGACAACUAGCUGGUUUGGCACCGGAUACUUCUAUGGCUGCUACAGCAAUUCCUGCAGUUCAAGAUAUCAUAAAUCGUAGGCCACUAAUUGGCAGUGAUAGAAAAAAGGGUAGGAAAGUAGAAAGAUCAAAGCCUUUCAACUUAGAAUUUAAGAUGGUGACAUUUGCAUACCCCUCUAGGCCUGAGAUGACUGUGUUGAGGGAUUUCUGUUUAAAGGUCAAAGGUGGAAGCACAGUGGCCUUGGUGGGACCAAGUGGAUCAGGAAAGUCAACUGUCGUAUGGUUGACUCAGAGGUUCUAUGAUCCAGACCAAGGAAAGGUGAUGAUGAGUGGGUUAGAUUUGAGGGAGAUUGAUGUUAAGUGGUUAAGGAGGCAAGUAGCUUUGGUGGGUCAAGAACCUGCACUGUUUGCUGGUAGCAUAAGGGACAAUAUUGCAUUUGGGGACCCAAAUGCUUCAUGGGCUGAAAUUGAAGCAGCUGCAGAAGAGGCUUACAUCCACAAGUUCAUCAGUGGCCUUCCUCAGGGUUACGAAACCCAGGUUGGUGAAAGCGGGGUCCAGUUAUCCGGUGGUCAAAAACAAAGAAUUGCUAUAGCAAGGGCCAUAUUGAAGAAAUCAAGGGUGCUUCUACUGGAUGAAGCAAGCAGUGCCUUGGACUUGGAAUCAGAGAAGCACGUCCAAGAUGCCCUCAAGAAUGUUUCCGAAGAGGCAACAACGAUAAUAGUUGCUCACCGGCUUUCAACAAUCAGAGAAGUUGACAAGAUCGCAGUUAUGAGAGAUGGGGAAGUGGUGGAGCAUGGGAGCCAUGACACUCUCAUGGCUUCCUUUCAAAGUGGUUUGUAUGCUAGCCUAGUUCGAGCUGAGACUGAAGCCAAUGCCUUUUCAUGA